AUGCCCAGUCCUCCCAGGGUCGGGGCGCUGUGGAUCUGCGCCAUGCUGUGGACCUCUGCAGGCGCCGGUGGCACCCCUCAGCCUGGCCCGGGGCGUGCUGCCUGCCCAGCCCCCUGCCAUUGCCAGGAGGAUGGCAUCAUGCUGUCAGCCGACUGCUCAGAGCUCGGGCUGUCUGUGGUGCCAGGGGAUGUGGACCCCCUGACGGCUUACCUAGACCUCAGCAUGAACAACCUCACGGAGCUUCAGCCUGGCCUCUUCCACCACCUGCGCUUCCUGGAGGAGCUGCGGCUCUCUGGGAACCAUCUCUCUCACAUCCCGGCACGGGCGUUCUCUGGCCUCUACAGCCUGAAGAUCCUGAUGCUGCAAAACAAUGAGCUCCGGGGGAUCCCCGCGGAGGCGCUGUGGGAGCUCCCCAGCUUGCAGUCACUACGCCUAGAUGCCAACCUCAUCUCCCUGGUCCCAGAAAGGAGCUUUGAGGGACUGUCUUCCCUCCGCCACCUCUGGCUGGAUGACAACGCACUCACCGAGAUCCCGGUCAGGGCCCUCAACAACCUUCCUGCCCUGCAAGCCAUGACUCUGGCUCUCAACCGCAUCCACCACAUCCCCGACUACGCCUUCCAGAACCUCACCAGCCUCGUGGUGCUGCAUCUGCAUAACAACCGCAUCCAGCAUGUGGGGACCCACAGCUUUGAGGGGCUGCACAAUCUGGAGACACUCGACCUGAACUAUAAUGAGCUACAGGAGUUCCCCGCAGCCAUCCGGACCCUGGGCCGACUGCAGGAGCUGGGCUUCCACAACAACAACAUCAAGGCUAUCCCAGAGAAGGCCUUCAUGGGCAACCCUCUCCUGCAGACCAUACACUUUUAUGACAACCCAAUCCAGUUUGUGGGAAGGUCGGCAUUCCAGGACCUGCCUAAACUGCACACACUAUCCCUGAAUGGUGCCACUGACAUCCAGGAGUUCCCGGACCUCAAGGGCACCACCAGCUUGGAGAUCCUGACCCUGACCCGUGCAGGCAUCCGGCUGCUCCCACCGGGAAUGUGCCAACAGCUGCCCAGGCUUCGAGUCCUGGAGCUGUCUCAUAAUCAGAUCGAGGAGCUGCCCAGCCUGCACAGAUGUCAGAAGUUGGAGGAAAUUGGCCUCCAACACAACCGGAUCUGGGAAAUUGGAGCCGACACCUUCAGCCAGCUGAGCUCCUUACAAGCGCUAGACCUAAGCUGGAACGUCAUCCGGUCCAUCCACCCUGAGGCCUUCUCCACCCUGCGAUCCUUGGUCAAGUUGGACCUGACUGACAACCAGCUGACCACACUGCCCCUGGCUGGGCUGGGGGGCUUGACGCACCUGAAGCUCAAAGGAAACCUGGCUCUAUCUCAGGCCUUCUCCAAGGACAGUUUCCCAAAACUGAGGAUCCUGGAGGUGCCCUAUGCUUACCAGUGCUGUGCCUAUGGUAUCUGUGCCAGCUUCUUCAAGCCCUCUGGGCAGUGGCAGGCAGAGGAUUUCCACUUGGAGGAAGAAGAGACCCCAAAGAGGCCUCUGGGUCUCCUCGUUGGACAAGCAGAAAACCACUAUGAUAUGGACCUGGAUGAGUUCCAGCUGGAGAUGGAAGAUGCAAAGCCACACUCCAGUGUCCAGUGCAGUCCAGUUCCUGGUCCCUUCAAGCCCUGCGAGCACCUGUUCGAGAGCUGGGGCAUCCGCCUGGCCGUUUGGGCCAUCGUGCUGCUGUCUGUGCUGUGUAACGGGCUCGUCCUGCUGACGGCUUUCGCGGGAGGCCCCGGCCCGCUGCCCCCGGUCAAGCUGGUGGUGGGAGCCAUCGCCGGCGCCAACACCCUGACUGGCAUUUCCUGCGGCCUCCUGGCCUCCGUGGACGCCUUGACCUUCGGCCAGUUCGCCGAGUACGGGGCCCGGUGGGAAGCCGGCGCGGGGUGUCAGGCCGCGGGCUUCCUGGCCGUGCUGGGCUCCGAGGCGUCCGUGCUGCUGCUCACGCUGGCCGCCGUGCAGUGCAGCGCGUCGGUGGCGUGCGCGCGCGCCUGCGGCAAGGCGCCGUCGGCGGGCGGCGUGCGCGCGGGCGCGCUGGGCUGCGUGGCGCUGGCGGGCCUGGCGGCCGCCCUGCCGCUGGCCUCGGUGGGCGAGUACGGCUCGUCGCCGCUGUGCCUGCCCUACGCCCCGCCCGACGGCCGGCCCGCCGCGCUGGCCUUCGCCGUGGCGCUCGUGAUGGUGAACUCGCUGUGCUUCCUGGUGGUGGCCGGCGCCUACAUCAAGCUCUACUGCGACCUGCCCCGCGGCGACCUGGAGGCCGUGUGGGACUGCGUCAUGGUGAGGCACGUGGCCUGGCUCAUCCUGGCCGACGGGCUCCUCUACUGCCCCGUGGCCUUCCUCAGCUUCGCCUCCAUGCUCGGCCUCUUCCCGGUCACCCCCGAGGCCGUCAAGUCCGUCCUCCUCGUGGUGCUGCCCCUGCCCGCCUGCCUCAACCCGCUGCUCUACCUGCUCUUCAACCCUCACUUCCGCGACGACCUCCGCAGGCUCUGGCCGCGCCCCGGGGCCCCGGGGACCCCAGCCUGCGCCGCCGCCGCCGCCGCCGCCGCUCCCGGGGAGCUGGAGAAGAGCUCCUGCGACUCCACCCAGGCGCUGGUGGCCUUCUCUGAUGUGGAUCUCAUCCUGGAAGCCUCCGAGGCCGGCCAGCCUCCUGGGCUGGAGACUUACGGCUUUCCCUCCGUGACCCUCAUCUCCUGUCAGCCGCCAGGGACACCCAGGCUGGAGGGGAAUCAUUUUGGGAACCCGCAAGCCUCCGUGAAUGGAGAACUGCUGCUGAGGGCAGAGGGAGCCUCGUUGGCAGGCCGGGGCUCCUCCGUGAGUGGGAGCUUCCGGCCCUCUGGCUCGCUCUUUGCCUCGCAUUUAUAAAUGUCCUCCAGCCCCAUUUGUCACUUUCCUAUCUCUUCCCACCCUUCUUUAUGCCCUCUGUGAAUGAUGGCUGCUUGUAAAACAAAUACAACCAAAACUGACCAGUGUGAUCCACCGCAAACGCCCAGGCAGUCUCCAUUGGUCUCUUUCUCUCUCUCUCCCCCCAUGGUCACAAUCAAUGAGUGCUUCCAGACUGAGUUUGACUCUGCCUUCUUAGGCUUCACAUCCAUGCCGACUUCCUCCCUGUCAGGUCCAAAGCUAUAAAACAGAACUGCAAAUUUGCUUAAGGGAAUAAAGGAAGUGGAAGACAGUGGAACUAUGGGGUGCCGAGAAAGCCAUGUUCAGGGCACAUGAGCAGUGCUACCUCAUGGAGAAAGGCCUGGAAGGGAACCACCAAAGACGUUGGGGCAUCUCCCCUUGGAACUCAUGGAUAAAAUACAAAAUGUCGUCUGUGUCCCAUCAGUCUUGACUUAUGCCAUGCAAAAGUACUUCCUGUUAAAACGUGCUCUGGAAGACAGCUAUGCUCACCAUUAUGCCACCAACGCAAAACAUGCUUUCUUAGAGAUUCAAAGUUAUGCUGAUGUGUUAAGGGCUGAUGUGUUAAGGGCGCUUGGGAUUCCUAGAGCAGUGAAGUUUAUUGAACGUUAUUUAAUCUGGUUCCUCAAAUUAUUUGAUGACAGGUUUGUUUGCUUUUCAUGGACUAUCUGUUAAUAUCUCACAGAACUUAGCACAGCUUCGUCCCAUAGGUUCAUCUCUGUACCAUCUAGUACUAACUACCCAGUGAUGCCACCCGCUUUGAAAGCCCUAAUUCUUGAAGCUCAACCUGGGGUGAAGUGCCAGAGGUCAUGUGACUGGUGAUUCCAUCAUCCAGAACAUACCGUCCAAACUCUACUGCCAUCUUGCUUCUAUUAGGGCAAGACUGAGGGGUAGCCUGUCCCAGGACCAGGGCAAGAGAAAGGAAUCUUUGUGUGUGCUCCCACCCCCAAACAUCAAUGGAACGUCUGCCCUUGGCAAGACAGAGGAUUCUUGGGUGCCGGCAACAUACACAGGAGAAAGUCUGUGGCUAUGUAGAUCACCUAUUUAUGGUUCUCCAUAAUGUGCAGCCUGCCAAUUCAUGCCAAGCUUGAUCCUUCCUUAUCCCAGAGCCUACUUCUGGGAGAAAGGGGUUGGCAAAGAGGCGGGGUAUUGUAUUGUUAGCAUUGCAUUUUAAGGAGCAUUGUAGGUAUUGGGACUCCUGGGCGCUCCCAACACACCCCAAUCUGAUCUUCCUGCCUCUCCCCUCAUGACCUUCCUUGCCUUAUACUUUGCCAAGUGCAGCUGAAGGUCUACAGAGUGCCUCCCUCCCCACUCCAAACACACGUGUUCAAUCUCAGGAUAGGAGGUGGGGAGAAGCCAAGACUUGGGAAUAGGUGAUACUUAUUCCCAAGAACCCCCAACAUCACUUGUAUGGUGAAUGCUCAGGCUGAGAGCCACUGGGACAUAGUUUUCUGUUUGAAUCCUGCUGUGAUGUUCAGCCGGACCUUCCUCCAUGGGCUGCACCAUUGAAAGAAGCUGAGAAGGCCCUCCUUCUAGGUUCAUAGUUCAAGUUUCUAUAGCUUAGCUUCUCUGCUGUCUCCCUCUGCCCUCAAUGCCCAGUGGAGAUUCUGACAUAAGUUAACAAGGCCACCUGAGCAGGGAUGGUGAGAUGAGGCAAAGACUACACAUGGAACUUGAGUCACGUCUGAAUCUCAUGUGAGUAGUGUGGACUUGUGCAAACUCUGAAGAUAAAUGUCAUAACCAUUUAAUAAUUCCUUAGGGUCUUAGCAUGGGGUCAGUGUCACAGUAGGAACUCACUAAUAAUGGUUCCAGGACCCCUGCUCUCUAUUUCCCCAGGGCUGACCAAGAGCCUGUGAUUGAAGAAAUUAGCAUCUUUUGGUACUGAAAAUUGAUGGUUUUCUGAGAUACGCCAGGGAUGACAAAAUUGGUAUGGUUCUGGAGAGCUUUCUAAAAAAGUCACCUUAUAUCCUUCCCUGUCCCUCCUUACUAGCCACCCUAGAUCAUUGUUACCUGGAUUUAGGGAGCCAAAUGUGACGUACAGUAGCCAUGUAUUAAACGUCUAGGAAUGAUAGGAAUUGUUCCCUGCAAGUAGUGGCUUUUACUAUGAAAAGUGGGCCAGCACUUCGGGUUGUGAGCUGUAGAGUGGACUGCUGUCACCUUGUUGUCUGCUUCUAAAUAUCUGGGCACCAGCCAAGGCUGGACUGUCUUAGCAGAGAAGAGGUGAGGAGGCAGUAGAAGUAUUUUCCAUAAAGUAUUGUCCAAAAGGCCUACCCAGGCAUGGAGGCACACAGCUGAAGCCCAGCACUUGGAACGUGGAGGCAGGAAGAUCAGGGGUACAAGCUCUUCCUCUAUUGUAUACUGAGCUUGAGGCCGACCUGGGCUACAUGAGACCCUGUCUCAAAGAAACAAAAAACACAGACUCUAGUUGAUGUACAUCUACCCAAAAAUAGGAUCAAAUAGCAAAAUUAGCGUUUUGAGCCGGGCGUGGUGGCGCACGCCUUUAAUCCCAGCACUCGGGAGGCAGAGGUAGGAGGAUUGCCGUGAGUUCGAGGCCACCCUGAGAUGACAGAGUUAAUUCCAGGUCAGCCUGGACCAGAGUGAGACCCUACCUCGAAAAACCAAAAAAAAAAAAAAAAAAAAUUAGCGUUUUGUGUUUGAAUUUCUAGCAGGUCAGUAUGUCAUUCCUAUGGUUAUCUCCCUUGUGAUUGGCAAGAGUAUGAAGAUUAUGUAUGUCUUUGAUUAAUCACAAAAAUCCAGAUUGUUUCAGUGCACAUGAAUCCUUUUCUUGUCAUUGUUUUUGUCAAUAAAAUCUUCCAAAAUAGUG